AUGCCAGAUGCAAUCCUAGACGACAUCUCGCAUCGAAGAUACAAUCCACUACGUGGGAGCUGGAUUCUAGUAUCCCCUCACAGGACGAAACGGCCUUGGCAAGGCCAACAAGAAGCAGCAAGCCAGACGACCCUACCACAAUACGAUCCAUCAUGCUAUCUCUGUCCGGGCAACAAACGUGCCCAGGGUGAUACCAAUCCUAAGUAUGAGAGUACAUUCGUCUUCGUCAAUGACUACAGUGCCGUCAAAGAGGAACAGGCUGAGUAUCAGCCAAGUGACGAGAGUGGCAGCCUCUCGUCGCUGCUUCUACGGGCUGAUCCUGUCACUGGGAAAUGCUAUGUUGUGACAUUCUCACCAAACCAUAACCUCACUCUCGCAGACCUCCAGCCAUCCCAAAUAGUGCCUGUUAUCGAUACUUGGACUCGGCUAUACACCGCUCAUAUCUCUCCAAAAUCACCAUUGGCUCAGGUUGCGAGUGCGACAACGCGACCACCAGCGAAUCACCAACAUACCAAUCUUUCAGCAUCAAAUGCACAAUACCGGUAUAUGCAGAUAUUCGAGAAUAAGGGAGCGGCAAUGGGCUGCUCAAAUCCGCAUCCACACGGUCAAAUCUGGACGACAACAGGGCUACCCGAAGAGCCUGCGCUUGAGCUUGAUCAAUUGAAAAAUUAUCGGCGUGAACAAGGAGGCAUGCAUCUACUGGAAGAUUAUGCGAAGCUGGAAAUCGAAAAGCGAGAACGGGUUGUAGUUGAAAAUAAGAGUUUUGUGGCACUGUGCCCGUGGUGGGCAAUCUGGCCGUUUGAAGUCAUGAUUGUGGCGAGACAACACAAAAGAGCGCUGGUAGAUUUUGACGACGUCGAGAGAAACGAUCUUGCUGAGGUGAUUGCGGAAGUCACUCGGCGAUACGACAAUCUAUUCGAAACGCAAUUCCCUUACAGCAUGGGCAUUCAUCAAGCACCCUUGGAGGGUACAAAUGUCGAGAUUGAGGCCAGCCACUUUCACAUACAUUUCUACCCGCCAUUGCUGAGGAGUGCAACAGUGAGAAAAUUUUUAGUUGGAUACGAGCUGAUGGCGGAACCUCAAAGAGAUAUUACACCUGAGCAAGCUGCGGCAAGGCUUCGAGAUUGCGGAGGAGAGCUGUACCGGAAUAGGCUCAAAUAG